UUGUCCUCCAUGGAGGACGCCGAUCGCUCGGCGACGGAUCUCAGGGACGGACGGGUUCGCGGGCAGAAUGGAGGCAGCUGGAGUUGCGAGACGACUUAAAGGCUUUGCCGAGAUAAGAGAUUGCCGAGGUCGAGCCUCGUGUUCGGAGGUUCUUUGCGAGAGGACAGAGUGGUGCGGAAGGUGGUGGAGGGGGCAGAAGAUCGUGCGGCUCGAAGAUCGAACGCUUCCGAUGGAAUCGUUUUCGGCCCAGGACCGUCUUGUCGAGGCCCAAGAAGAUUCCACUACGACAGAGUCAGUGAGAACGGUCGCUGCGUCGAGGGCAGUACCGUCGACCACGGCCAGCAGCAGAGUAUCAAGGGAUGCCGAAGACGACGUCGAGUCCUCGACUAACCCCGAGGACGAUGCCGCAAGGUCCGCCGAUAACAACCAGGGAUCCGUCAGUAUAGAAUCGUGCGAGAUUUCGUGCGCUUCCCUCGAGACUACGAGCUGCUCUCUGCCGGACGAAAGUCAAUUAGAUUUUUCCUCCAUGGGUCUGAAGCUGGGCAAGAGUAAGAAGCAAGAGGACGCCGGAGGUGCAGACGCUGGUGCAGAUCCGAACGCGAAUACGAAGGUGGAUGAGAACGAGAACGAGAAUGAGAAUGGGAACGAGAAGGGGAUUGGAAUCGAGAUGGAGAAUAGGAACGAGGAGACCAAGAUCGGGACCCAGAAGGAGACCAAGAUGGGGACUCAGAAGGAGACCAAGAUCGGGAUGGAGAAUGGGAGCAAGAAGGAGCUGAAGAUCGUGAUCGAGAAAGCGAAUGCAGACACGGGCGGAGGUGAGGAUAUAGAAGAAAAGACGAAAAAAUCCGUGGAGGAACGAAAUUCUUCGAAGAUGACAGCGACAUCGACAUCGUCGACGAUGUCGACGUCGUUAACGUCGGUUCAGUGUGCCGAGGAACAAACGGAGGAUUCGAAAGUGACGGCGGGUGGUGAGGAAUUCAUCACCUCGUCGCCGAUAUGCAGGAAAAGGCCAGCGAGUGAUUUUCUGCCGAUCAAUGCUGAGAUCAAGCGGAUAGGCGUGGAAAUUCCGCCAAACGAAGCGAACCAAGGACGAAGCGACGUGAGGAGGAUCUCGCCGGUGUUGGUGAGUCUUCGAGAACGAACACUCGGCGAGAUAUCCUUGUCCUCGGAUUCGUGCUUGUUCGACGACGACGUUAACAGCCGGUUCAUCUCGCGGAAUAACAGGAAUCUCAACGAGUCCUUCACCAGUGGCUGGAGGAUAACGUCGAAUGUAAACUUGGACGGUUCGUUCCAAAUGAAUGGCAAUUCCGAGGCGAUAGUUUGCACCGAGUCGACGGAGCACAGGGUUUGCGGAACAGCGACGUCGCCGGCAGGCGAGCGUACCAACGCGAGCGCGAAGGCGGCGCUGGUAGAGCCCAGCGAGAAGCUCGAAUACGCGGUCCCGUUCAUCGACGAGGACUCGUGCUGCUCGCUGUCGCGCGAAAGUCCCGAGAGGAACCUCAGCAAGUGCAAGGAGCCGAAACAGUGCGAGGAACCUGUCGAGGAGGAGGGGUACUCGUGCAACGACGUUAUGCCUACCAAGGGUUCAUGCACUGUGCCGAGCAAGCAGGCGCUCGAACUGAUCAAAAAUUCGCUGCCCCGUUUGAUGGUUAAGCUGGAGCACAUUGAUCUGACGUGUGGCUUGACGCUUGAUCGGAAAGACAAGAAGCGCGCGACGAUCAUCGCGACUAAGAAGAUUCCGAAGAAGAACGUCGCGUGCGAGACUGGCUGUACUAACGUGAACGUAAGGACUGAUACCACGAAUUCGCCGAAGGAAUCGUGUUUCGUUCGAAGGUGCACUUAUGGCAAGAAAUGUGUCCAAAAGACUGAGUCACAGGACCACAUGGAGAAACAGGUGGACGUUUCUCCCGUAGUAUCUAAUUCGAAAAAGGCACAAGCCAAAUUACAAUCAUCUCCCAUUAUGUCCAUAAAAGAAUGUAAGGUAAUUUUGCAGAGGGUAGCAGCCUCGCCAAAGACGAUAAGGACGUCCACGGUGCAAAAGUCUAGUACGGAAGGGUCGCCACAGAGAGCGAUUAUAGACAAGCUGAAAGAGAACGAGGAGGUCGUGUUCUCCUCGCCUUUGUCCUCCAGAAAGAGUUUACAGCCGUUGAAUAAUUUAGAUUCGUCCGAAACGACACCUAGCUCGCCGGAAGAGGUGCUGGAACCGACCGCCGAUGUAUCGGAAACCAUCGAUACGGAAACGGAAACCGAGACCGGCUCCGAUAGCUCUGAGAUAUCGCCCAUGACGAACGUGCGUCUCCGUGAAUGCGACGAUGACGCCGUUUCCGACCAAAUAUCGUGUCAAGAGAACGAGUCCAUAUGUUGCGUCGACAUUAAUCCGGAGAUCAUAUCGAGGCUGGAGCCGGAAAGACCGGAAACCUUCACCGAAGACUCAGCCGAGAGCCUGGCGCUUGCUACCGGCACGCGGGACGAAGUCAGAUCGGAUGGAAGCGAUUCUGGUUUGGGAAGCGAGAUCCCCGGUGAUCCUGGGCCUCCACCAGUCCCAGAAAGCGAUUCCGAGACUUCUUUCUUGGAUAGGAUACCCGAUGAUAUUCUUUCCGACAAAGAAAAAGCCGUGAAUCAAUUGGAGGACAGCUUUGUGGCGAAUACGAGCGUACCCGGUACACUGCAGACGCCAUUGACGAACUUUUCCAGUCCUACAAAGAGCAAUCUGAAACGAAGAUUGGUGGAUUGCAUGCAGGGAGCUCCUAGUCCAAAGAGAAGCAAUACGGCGGACGAAUCUAUGAAAAAGAAACGCAAUAUUCAGUUCGACGCCGUGACUGUUUACUAUUUUCCUAGGGCACAGGGUUUCACUUGUGUGCCUUCUCAGGGUGGCAGCACUCUUGGCAUGAGCCCGACGCACACUCAUGCCGAACGGUUCUCGUUAUCGGAGCACGCUGCUGAACAGAGGCGAAUUCAUCGUGCUAGACUAGCUCAAUUGCGCUCCGAGCGUGCUGCAAAUUGCGUAUCCGAAGCAGCCUCGAGCUCCGAGGAUCCCAGCGACGAUACGGACGAGGAACAAAGUGAUAACGAGGAGCUGGACAUCGAUAGUUAUUACUUCCUGCAGCCCGUGCCUACGUGGCAGAGACGAGCUUUGCUUAGAGCAGCAGGUGUACGUAGAAUAGAUGCGGUAGAGAAGGACGAGUGCCGUGACAUUAGAGCUAGCAGAGAACAUUGUGGUUGCGGAUGUAAAGGAUACUGCGAUCCGGAAAGCUGUCCUUGCAGUAGAGCCAAUGUAAAGUGCCAGGUUGAUCGAGCGGGUUUUCCAUGCGGAUGUACUCGGGAUGGUUGUGCUAAUAGUUCAGGCAGGAUCGAGUUUAAUCCAGUACGAGUACGAACGCAUUUCAUUCACACUCUAAUGCGAUUAGAGUUGGAGAAAAAGCAACGAGAGGAAGAAGGUGCGGAUCAUGAUGCUUCCGACAAUCAAAACGGUAGAAGUCCGUUAAGAGAAAUCAAUUUAGGAUCCGUAAUGGAAAACAGGAGUCCGGAAACGUGUCUGAGCGCCAGCGGUUUCACAACGCUGCACUACGAGAGUCACGACGCUAGGGAUGGCGGGUCCAAUUGUCAGCCGGAAGUACCGGGCACGAGAGAGGAUAGCCUGGAUCUUUAUGCCAUUAGAGAUGAUUGUUAUCCUAGCGAAGACACUGUCGAUGGUACGCAGGGACCUCAAAGGAAACUUCAUCCUGAGUUUAGUCAAGCUUUUCAAACAUUCUCAGGCCAAACAAGUGCCGGAGUAAACUUUCAACAGCCUACUUAUCAGGAUUAUCAGCCUUACGUUAACCUUCCUUCUACAUCUAGGGUGCAAUUUCAGCCGCAAUUCCAAACGGUGCCAGGAAAUCCAGGGUUCUCACACUAUGCGCCUUAUGGACAGGACACCGGAUCGAUUCAGGGGAACUGCCAGGUCCAUCCCGGACAACACUCUUCCAGCUACGAAACUAGCUUCGCCCUUUCAGCAGAUGGAUAUUCGUAUUACGGUGAGAUGGAGCCUCCCGCGCACGGUACUUAUCAUGGGAACGGAGCCAAGACUGAGGUAGAAAAGAACCAAGGUAACGAGCAACAGUCGGAAAGUACGGAAGAGUGCGACGAAAACUUUGGAGAAAUUAUUAAAAAGUCAAUGGUCGAGACUGUAUCCGCUUAG